AUGGCUUCCUCAUUGCCAAACUACAUGCUCCCCACUGUCGCCUCAUCAUCACACACUUCAGCAAGGGCCGCCACCCGCGCUGUCGUCGCUCCGCUUUCUACUAAAGUGUCCAAGCAGGUCUCGCGCCCUGCAAAGGCUCUUCCUCGUCCUUUCUCGUCCGUCCUCCCGUCUGCCGUCACCCAGACCACCUUCGCUGCUCGCCAAAAGGCCACCCCCAAGCCUGCCGUCGGCGCUGCCGCCAUUCCUCGUCGCUUUGUCGUUACCGCUGCCCCUCGUCCAACCAUUCCUGUCGUUUCCGCCCCUCGCUCUUCCGCCCUCACCCCCGCCGAUCGUUUACGCCUUAGCAAGCUGGUUCCUGCCAUCGAGGAGGAAUUUGGUCGUCUUCGUGAAAGCAAGCUAACAGAGUCCGACUGGGACGAUGAUCUGCUCUGUGAAACAGAUGAUGAGUCUGAAACCACAAUCUUUGACAAGGCUAACAUGGUGGUGCGCAGUCGUGAUUCUAGCUCCAUCGAUCCUUCGCUUUCGUCCUUCACUCACAGCAACACCGCCCUCGCUCAGAUCCUCGCCGACUUCAGUGACGACGUUUUCAACAACAACGACGCCACCGACGCCGACGACGGUGUCUUCUUCAACGAUGACACUGUCAUCCACCAUUCGCUUGCUCCGUCCGCAUACGCCCACUUUGUCGAUCCUACCGACACCGAUCUCGAGUUGGAAGAAGACGUGUCGAUGGCUGCUCUCGAGGAGCUAUCGUACGUCGAGGACGACCUUGUCGCUGCUCUCGAGCAGAUGGACUUGGCUGAUCCAGUCAUCGGCAAAAACGGAGGUCUCGGGUUUGAGGCCCAGUUGUUAUCAGCGUUUUGA